AAUGGGAGGAGCCGCCCUCUCGAAGCCCUGCCCACCCGGCUCCCGAGAGUGGCGCUUAGAGCGGAAGCUUCGGAGGAGGACUCGCCAGCGGCCUGCCAGGAAGAGGAGGAGAUGGCGGAGGCGGCGUUGCUGACCGAUCCUGAAGAAAUAGCAGCUUUAUACCGGGAGUUUUGUCAGUUCCCAUCUCUUUCAAGUGCCUGUAUUGGGCCUGAAGUAACAACACAGUAUGGUGGCAAAUAUUGCAACAUUUACACAGAGUGGUCUCAGCGGGACUUGGAAAGAGCUGAAAAUGUGAAAUUCUGCCGCCAGUAUCUCAUUUUCCAUGACAGCCAGUCUAUCGUGUUUUCAAGUCCCUCUGGCAACUGCACUGAAAUCAAGGGAGAGCUUCUGAGCCGGGACUCUCCCAGUGGAGCACAAAAAGCUGUUCUGCGAAAGACUACCAACAGCAAAGGAGAGGAAAAGCAGUUCCUAGAGGUUUGGGAAAAGAGCCGCAAAGUGAAGAGCAUUGAGUUGACCGCCCUGGAGAAGCAUGGCCAAGUGUAUGAAGAUGAUCAGUUUGGCUGCUUAUCCUGGUCGCACUCCGAGACUCACCUUCUCUAUGUGGCAGAAAAGAAACGCCCCAAGGCUGAGUCUUUCUUUAAACCAAAAGCCCCUGAGAUGAGCAAUGAAGAAGAACUGACCAAGGCAGAGCGACGAGACAAAGCUGUUAAGGGGGAGCAGUUUGUGUUCUAUGAAGACUGGGGAGAGACCCUUGUGUCUAAGAGUGUUCCUGUGCUGUGUGUUUUGGACAUUGAGAGCAACAACGUGUCGGUGCUGGAAGGUGUUCCAGAGCACAUCUCCCCUGGACAGGCCUUCUGGACUCCAGGUGACACAGGAGUGGUGUUCACAGGGUGGUGGCAUGAGCCGUUCCGUCUAGGUUUGAGGCAUUGCACCCAGCGAAGAUCAGCUGUCUUCUAUGUGGACCUGACAGGUGGCCGUUGUGAGCUUCUGACAGGUGACACCAAGGCCAUUUGGUCUCCCCGCUUGAGUCCUGACCAAUGUCGCAUUGUAUACCUAGAGAAUCAAGCUUCUGGGCCCCACCAACAGUGCAGCCGCCUCUGCAUGUAUGACUGGUACACAAAACUCACUUCUGUCAUUGUGGAAGUUGUGUCUCGCCAGAGUCAAGGUGAAUUUACUGGGAUUUAUAGCACAGCACUACCUGAGCGUUGUUGGGCGGCAGACAGCCAAAGGGUUGUUCUAGACACAGCUCAACGCAGUAGGCAGGAGCUGAUUGUGAUUGAUACUUUGUCCAGCAGUGUCUGUUCUCUCACUAAGGGAUGCUCCCUUGGAAGCUGGGCAAUCCUCACCAUUGACCGAGAUCUGCUGGUGGCCAGAUUCUCCACUCCAAACUGUCCACCCAAACUUAUGGUGGCUUUCCUUCCUCCUGCUGGCAAGGAGGCUGAGAUCAACUGGGUCUGUCUGGAAGAAGCCAGCCCGAUUCAAGGCAUCACUUGGGAUGUCAGGGCAUUCCAGCCCCCUCCAGAGCAAAUCAACCCCCAGUAUGAGGGCCUUGAUUUUGAAGCCAUCCUACUCCGGCCAACUCAAAUUCCAGAAACAGGAAAGAUCCCAUUAGUGGUGACGCCACAUGGGGGCCCACACUCAGUAUUUACCACCAGUUGGUCACUGUACCCAGCAGUACUCUGUCGGAUGGGUUUUGCUGUAUUAUUGGUGAAUUAUCGAGGAUCACUCGGCUUUGGCCAGGACUGUGUAGAUUGCUUACCAGGGAAUGUGGGCAGCCAGGAUGUCAAAGAUGUGCAAUUCUGUGUACAGAAAGUACUACAGGAGGAUCCUUUGGAUCCACAGAGAGUGGCCUUGCUCGGUGGCUCCCAUGGAGGCUUCCUAUCCUGCCAUCUCAUUGGCCAAUAUCCUGAAACUUACAAAGCCUGUGUGGUCAGGAAUCCUGUGGUCAACAUAGCCUCUAUGGUUGGAAGCACUGACAUCCCUGAUUGGUGCCUGACUGAGGCAGGCUUGGCAUAUGACCAGGCUGCUUUGCCAGAUCCUGCACAAUGGAUAAAGAUGCUGCUCCAUUCACCUAUGCAGUAUGUUGAUAAGGUUCAAGCACCUGUUCUCUUAAUGAUAGGAGAAGAUGAUAGACGUGUACCUCCCAAGCAAGGUUUAGAGUAUUAUCAUGCUCUCAAGGCCAGGGGAGUUCCAGCUCGGAUGUUGUGGUAUCCAGGAAAUAACCAUGCACUAUCUGGUGUGGAGGCUGAAUCAGAUGGCUUCAUGAAUAUUGCACUCUGGCUGAUCAAGCACCUGAAAUGAUGACAACACUUCACCUUUUGUAGUCCUUCUCUGUUAAGCAGUGUGGCUAACAAACUGAGAUCAAGGUCCAAACAGCCACUGCUCUUGAGAAUAGGUACAUGAGAGUGGCUGGGGUACAGGCCUACUCUGUUGUAGCAAAGGCCAUGUACUUUUUGCCAAAUCUUGCAUUCUUACAAGUAGUUCCACCAUAAUAGAUAGCUAUAUAUAAUCUGAUAAUAUUAAUGAUUUUUUGUUGUUGUUAAUGCUAGUGUUUGGAAGCUCCAAAGACUCUAGCUGCAAAAAAAUAAUGAAUAAAACAUUUGAUUAAAGUUCUUUCCUAAAAACUGA